AUGGUAGAAAAGGCCUUGCUUAAGAAGCCUGGAGGAGAGGAUAUUCUUGAAGAGUACAAGUCAGAAAAUUCACUAAUGCACCGCACUCGGAGACAGCUUGUCAACAUAUUGGCGAGUGAUAUUACUGAGAAACAUGGGAUUCCUUCCCGUCAGCAGAAGGAGAAGUAUGCCCUGGGAAUUAUUACUCUCUUUCCCUCCCUGAAGGAUCCUUUUUCUCCAAAGGGCUAUGAGCAUUUCUAUGAUGGGGAAAAGGGCACUGGAUAUUUAGCGUGGCGCCUCAAAACCAUUUCCAGGACUUCAGGAAAAUGGCCAGUCAAGGAAGCCUCAGUGCAUCAAGCACAAGGACCAAAGCGCCGAAGAUCAGCAAACACACUGCCUCAGCAGCUUGAUGGAGAUGCCUGCAGGGAGGCCAUUUCAUUUCUUGUUCACUCUCCUGAUGAAGCAAGUGUAUUUCAGAAGAUGAAGAUGACGUUUCAACACCGUCAGGACCUAGUGCAUGACCCACAAAGAAGCACAGAUGUCUUCAAAACAUUUCCACGUUUUUUAGAUGUCAAAGGACUGGUGAAUCAAGACUUCCUGCUGCUGUUUGGUGCUGAAACAGCCUCCAAGAUGCUUGAGAAGUGGGACACCUCAUUCAAGCCCAAGGUCAUCAAAGAGGCCAAAAAACUGACUCAGACAACUGAGCUGUGCCGACUUCUAAAAUCUGCUGAGAAACUCGCAGAGAGCUAUGAAACUUACUGGGACAGUGACAUUGCUUCUUUGCUGCUUCUUCUCUAUCUCUUGCCACCCACAGCUGGACGGAAGAGGACCAAAAUAAGUCCAAGUGAUGCAGUGGACAAAAUGGUGCACUUUCAUAAGUCAUGCUGCAGCAUCACUGAAUAUGUGCAGGAAAGAGAGGGUAAACAACCAUACAUCCUUGCAGUUGGCCGAACCCAGAAGACGAUUGAUACCUUCUACAUCGCCGUUGACAAACAGCUCAUCCUCUGCCAAGCCACCAGCUCAUUGGGUGCUUUUGAUGAACUGUUUAAAUCCCACUACGUGUUCAACAUGUCUUAUGAUGAGUCCCUGGUCCAUUUCUACACUUUUCUGCAGACAACUGUCUACAACAUUGAUGUUACCACAACAGAUGAGUCUCCAAGAGUUCGUGAGUUGCGGGCAAAACUUUUGAAUGACAUAUGAAUAUGUUCAAAUGUUUCAUUUGUCAAGCAGUGCAUGCUACCAGCCAGGGCCUAAUAACUCAUUUGCGAAUUGGCCACAGUUUCUAUCCAGGCACCAAGUUUAAGUUAGUUUGUGCACAAGAUCAUUGUAGGCGUCAGUUUUCAACAUUUUCAGGUUUAAAAAAACCAUUUAGUUAGUGUGCAUGAUAAGGGUUAUUGUCAAAGUGGUGAUGCAGAAACCUCAGAGUCAUUUCAGGCUGAUUUUCACAGUUUACGAAAUAGUACAGAAGUUGCAGGAACAAGUGUUGUGCAGAGCCCUGAUGCUGGGUAUUUUGACAACAAUGGAUCUGGUCAAAGUAUCACAGAAAACACAAAAGAUAUCUGUGCUACAAUUAUUGCCAAACUCCAUGGUAGUGGUAUGGCAAAUAGUGUAGUUACAUCAAUUGUUAGUGAUUUGGAAGAACUUGCUGGUGGACUGCACUCCCAAGUAAAGCAAGAAAUACUGUCCACUGUGCCAAAAGAUAACCCUGUAAGAUCUACGUUGGAAAAGGGUUUUGAGAAUUUUGAAAACCCAUUUGUGAGUUUUAAUACUGAAACUAAAAGAAUUAAGUAUUUCAACAAGAAAUGGGGGAUUGUGGAGCCAGUGGAAAAAAAUUUAGGAGUUCGAUUUGAUACAAGGAAAAAUAAAAAUACAGGUACUUAUGAUCAGGUCCCAGUGAA